AUGGGCGGCAGCACCAGCAGAGUCACGGCCCAGGACAAGGCCAUCCUGGACAUGAAGAACCAGCGCGACAAACUACACCAGUACCAGCGGCGAAUCACCGUCCUCACCGACAAAGAGACGGACAUUGCAAAGCAAAUGCUCGCCAAGGGCGACAAGAAGAGAGCCCUGCUGGCGCUGAGGCGCAAGAAGUACCAGGAGUCGCUGCUGGCCAAGACGGACGCCCAACUCGAACAAUUGGAGAAGUUGACGUCGAAUGUCGAAUUCGCGCUAAUACAAAAGGACGUCGUGUUUGGGCUGCAGCAGGGUACCAAGGUCCUGAAAGAGAUUCAUGCCGAGAUGGGGGGCCUGGAGAAUGUAGAGAAACUCAUGGGCGAAACGGCGGAUGCAAUUGCUUAUCAACAGGAAGUCAGCGACAUGCUGGGCGGCCAGAUAUCGAAUCAAGACGAGGAGGAGGUCGAGGACGAGCUGGCUGCGCUGCAAGCAGAGCUCGCCGGCGAGGGACAACAGCUUCCAUCCGUUCCAAAUGCUCAGGUUCCCACAUCUGAGAGGCCGGAGGAGCAAGAACCUGCGCGAGAGGCACGGCAAAUGUUGGCCGCCUAG